AUUCCACGGUCUCACAGAUGAGACCUUCUCUGUACACGACGAGCAGGGAUUGAAAGCAAAGAAACUCUUCUUCAUCGCGAGUAGCUUCACCAUUGCAAAAAGAAGAAGUUUGGCUUCUGACAAUGCUGUUGUUAGAGGGUGUCUUUAUUUAUGUAAUUUCCGUCUAAUACCCAACUCCUGAUACAAGCUCAGUCCCAAAACCUUCUUUUUUAUAAUUUUAAAAAUUAUAAAAAAUUAAAAAAAAUACUUACUUUCUCUCUCUCUCUCUCCCCCGCUCUCUCGCCCUGCUCUCAAUCUGCAUCCAGCUCCCUCCCCCUCCUCAUAUCGCCGCCGCCCCAGAUCUCCGAGGCCCCCCCCCCUUCCUCAGCUCCUCAGCUCACCCCCCCCCCCCCCCAGCCAGUCUCCCUCCUCCAUUCUUCUCUCAGGUGUGCACAAAUUGUGGAGUUCGCUCAAGAAUUUGGCUUACUUGAUCUCAUUCGGAGAUGAUCCGAUCCCUACUUCUCUAACUAUGCUGCCUUCUGACUCCUCCUGCAGAGGUCUCUCACAACAAGACACUGAGCAAUGCUGGGAUUUUCAUAUGGAGAAAUAUUUCUUUUGCUUGGAGCCACUGCUGCUCUGAUUGGUCCAAAGGAUUUACCAAUCAUAUCCAGAACAGCAGGAAGGCUAGCUGGUCGAGCUAUUGGAUACGUACAAUUGGCUCGUGGCCAGUUUGUUACCGUUAUGCAGCAAUCUCAAGCUCGCCAGGUUCAUAAGGAACUCCAAGACACAAUGGCUCAGUUAGAUGCUAUUCGUCAUGAAAUUCGAAGUAUAUCAAUCAUAAAUUCUGCUCCUUUGACACGAAGGCUUGUAGAUAAUACUGACCAGACAUCUAUCUCAAAUGACAAUAGAAAACCAGAAGAUUCUGAAGAGAAAAACUCAAUACCCACUGCUAUCAAGGAUUCAACUCCAUUAUCAUCCAAUUCAUACAAUUUGCAAAGUCAAGCAACUAUGUAUGCCAGAUUGACAGAGUCCCCUGCCAUAAAGAAUGAUUUAUCGGCAAGUAGUGCUGAAGUUGAGAAGAUUAAAGAUGAAGUACAGCUCACUGUCUUACCAAUUUCUGCUGAAAAUGCUGGACUAUUACCAAAAUGUGGGGCUGAUGUGAAAGGAUCUAACAUAGUUCUAGAAGCAAUUUUGGAGGCAGAGGUAUCUCAUACUGCAAAGGAAUUCUUUUCGCAGCCCCAAAAUAAAAAAUGACUGAUAUGUUCAUCCAAGUAGUAUGAGAUGGGUCAUGACUCUACAUGGUGUGUGUCUUACUUCCUCUCCUACUUUUGCACUUAAAUUUCGUACAGGUGGAGGCUAUCAAGGUUUAGUUCAGGUGCUCCCCAGUUUCUACGAUUCCCCAGACAUCUAUUAUAUUUUAUUUUGUUUGAUAUUUGGCAAGCCAGUUUACCCUAGGCUACCAGAGGUCUGCAUGUUAGACUUUCAUGCCCUAAUGCCAAGUGAUGGAAGUUACACAGAACUGAAGUUUGUAGAAUUAUUGGAUGCUGUGAUUGCCAUGGGAAAGGCUACUUUUGAUAGAGUAAGCAUGCAGUUAAUGCUUGACUACUUUUGAUAGAAAACCUUGAACGAUUGUGAUGAUACAUGCAGUUCCCAAAAUACAUUUUCUAGCUUGCCUCUGGACCAGGAUCAGUCUGUCAAAACCUCCAUUAGUGUUGGAAGCUUUCCUCAAGGGCAGGUAAGUACAAGUUCUGAUGAUAUGGCUGUGCCAGCAAACUCUAUGGCUGGUGAGAGAUCGCAGAAUAAUCUUACUGUAUCUGAGCUGGAAUCAAAGAAACCUGUGAAGCUGUACAAACUUUUCAGAACUUGGAUGGUGAUCAAAUCUCUGUUGCUUCCAGUGCACGAGUUCAGCUUUCACAAUAUCAAAGGUGAUUUCACAUUCCACAACCAACAGAUUCCCAGAGCUCAGCAUCUUUUGCUGCACUGGAUUCUCCCAUUUUGUCAGAAAAGUCCAGUUCUAAAUUCCCCUUACUCCUUCUUCAUCACCAGUUGUUGCAUUGACAUCUUGGCUGGGAAGUGCAAACCAUAAUGAAACAAAAUCUCCCUUAACUGCCACUCCUCCUUUUGAUUCUUCCAUGUCUGCUGGCGAGUUUGAUCCAUCUUCAAAUCAAAAGUCUAGUUCUCAAGGGCCAUUUGCUGCUAAUGCUUGCUUUGCUGUAACCUCAAAGCUGCUUUUGGACAUAGAUGAUUCUGGAUAUGUUGGUGGUCCAUGUUCUGCUGGAGCUACUGCCUUGUUAGAUUUCAUCGCAGAGGUCCUUUCUGAUUUUGUGACUGAACAGAUUAAAGCAUCGCUGCUCAUAGAGAACAUCUUAUGUUGAUGGUGAGUCUGUGUUAGUUUUCCAAGGCCUAUGUCUCAGUAGAUUUAUAAACUUUCUGGAAAGGAGACUGCUACCUGAUGAUGAAGAAGAAGAGAAAAAAUUGGAUAAGAUUCGCUGGUCCUCAAAUUUGGAUGCUUUGUGCUGGAUGAUUGUGGAUCGUGUAUACAUGGGUGCUUUUCCUCAGCCUUCAGGGGUAAUGAAAACUCUAGAGUUCUUGUUAUCAAUGUUGCAAUUGGCAAACAAAGAUGGUAGAAUUGAAGCUGCUGCUCCUGGUGGAAAGAGGCUCUUAUCAAUUUCAAGAGGAAAUAAGCAACUAGAGGCUUAUAUCCAUUCAAUUCUUAAAAACACUAAUCGAAUGGUAUUAUAUUGCUUCCUCCCGUCAGUUUUAGCCACUAUAGGGGAAGAUGAUCUUCAAAACUUGCGGAAAUUUCAUCGUGUGCUUUUUGACAUAGAUUGACAACAGUUGAACUGUGACAUAUGUUAAUAAACAUGUCCUCAACAAAUGUGCUAAAUUCACGUUUGUUUUCUAUUUGGGAAUAUUUAUUCUCUUUUGUUCGUAAUAUCAAUUUUUCCUGUACAUGGACAGGCUGUUGGGGAAUCAGUUAAUAUGUUCUAUCAUUAUACAUAUGAAGGGAGUGUAGACAUGGACUCAGUUACAGAUCCUGCAACGAAAGCAUCGAUUUUAGCACAAAUUAAUCAUUUUGGGCGGACACCUAAGCAACUGUUCCUCAAGCCCCAUGUGAAAAGGCGACAGAAAACUUCAUUCGCAUCCCCUUAAACAUUCCACUCAUCCCCUUAUUUGUUUGUUGGCUCGCCUCACAUAUUUGCAGCACGAAUUCUCUGUAUAGUUUGUUUAGGAUCAAUAUGCUAUGUAAGCUGUAAUCGUAUUUUCAAGUGCUGCAUUAAUGCAUACUUGCUCAAUUGCUG